AGGACGUUUCGUGUUUCGUCUCCGGUGUUUUUUCCCCCCGAGAUCAGAAUUAAGCUUUCCCCCCCCCACCCGUGCGUUUCGCGAAAACCAACAAGCGCCCGUGUUUUGUGAGGCGAGAAACCCACGGAGCGUGAGUGCUAGAUGACCUAGGAACUGAGCGCCGUCGGGGAAGCAGCGAAGGAGUUAAAGGGCCGAUCAGCUGGCCGAGAUGGAGCCCGCGGGAUGGGGCUCGUGGCUGGCCCUGGCGCUGCUGGCGGCCGUCGGCGCACCGGGAGAGUGCGGCCAGUGCAUUUGGUAUGACGAGUGUGGCAUGAGCGAAAGAGGGAGCCUCAACUGUGCAUACAACGGGACGGCAAAAUCCCUCUCAGCAGAAGGAAUCAAGAUGCUCAACCAGACUUGUCCAGAACUUGUUAGAGAAUACAUAACCGAGGAUGGGCAGUUGGACACGUGUUGCAAUGACCGGCAAGCCCUAGCUCUUUCGCAGUCCCUGGGGAUGAUGAAGAUGUUUCUGGUGCGGUGUCCUGCUUGCAUCAGGAACAUCCGCAUCCCCUUCUGCUACAUGACUUGCUCGCCACACCAGUCGGAGUUCCUCGAGCCUGUGUCAUACGUGCCUGCGACGCACAGGGACAAGAAAGGACAACACAUGGUGGUAGACAUGAAGUUCUACAUGUCCAAGGACUUUGUGGACAAAGUGUAUUCAUCAUGCCGUGAUGUUGUUUCGCCGUCCACAAAUGACCGCGUGAUGGGGCUGUUUUGUGGAGACUGGGGAGCCCCGCGGUGUACAGGAGAGAGGCUUUUCAACUACCUGGGUGACAAGGAGGUAAAUGUUUACACUCCCAUCAACAUCCAGUACCACUAUGUCAAAAGCACGGAGGAAGCGCCUGGGAACAUCAUCCCUCUCAAUGAAACAGCUCAGCCAUGUAAUACAGAUUUUGAGGGGAGCUUAGCGUGCUCGUGUGCCGAUUGCCAGAGCUCAUGCCCUAUCAUCCCGGACACAUGGGAUGCCCCUGGAGAGCCAUGGAUCAUGUUUGGGUAUGAUGGCCUUGCAGUGGCCAUGGCCCUCACUGCGGUGCUCUUCUCUGUCUCGUUCCUCGUGGUCUUUGCCUACUGCCACAAGCGCAAUAAGAGAUAUACAGAGGGAGUCAAGGUGUUUAUAUGGCUGAUUCAGGUAAAUAGAGAGGAGAAGAAGCCAGUCACAGCGGUGAUGGUGGAGCGCAGUAUGCGUCACCCUGAAGAGAUCAGAUCAGCAGUCGGCCGCCGUCUGGCCCACUUGUCAGAUCCCCAGGCUCAGUUUGCGGGUGAAGACGAGAAUUCACUUCUCCAUGGACGCCCAACCGCAGACAUGCCAGAGGUUGUGAUGCACGACGAGCUCUCCUUCUCUGAACGGCUGACAAACUGGACGCAGACAGCCGUCGAUCAGUUCUUCACAAAGUGGGGGACGUUGUGUGCGGGCCACCCGUGCAAAGUCAUGUGCAUCGGCAUGUGUGUGGCUGCGUCCCUCUGCGUCGGAAUCUUGUUCCUGCAGAUCACCACAGACCCCGUCGAUCUCUGGGCAUCCCCCAACUCUCGGUCCAGGCUCGAGAAGAACUAUUACGACGAGAAUUUUGAGCCUUUCUACCGCACCGCCCAGAUCUUCAUCCGUCCAGUGGGGAUUGAGAGUUAUGAGGUAAACAAUGAGACCUAUGGCCCAGUGUACAACAUGAGUUUCUUGAAGGAGGUGUUGCUACUUCAGAACUAUAUUGCAAACGAGCUGCAAGCCGAGGUGGAUGGGGAAAUAGUGACCUUGUAUGACAUUUGCAACAAGCCCAUGGCCCCAGACAACCUCAACUGCAACAUCCAGUCGAUAUUGAAUUUCUGGCAGAAUGAUGAGGCUGUAUUGAAUUCUUCAGAUAUUCAUCAUGCAAAAUCAUGUAUAGGAAAUGCCUACCAGGAACACUGCAUGGGUUCCUAUGGAGGUCCUGUCCUGCCCCACGUGGCUCUCGGGGGUUUCUUGGCCAAGAACCAGACGCUCUCAGAAAAUCCCAACUACAUGCUGGCAGACACGCUCGUCAUCACCCUGCCCAUCAACAACUUCUUCAACACGUCCAUGCUGAAACCAGCCCUGGCUUGGGAGGAAGAGUUUAAUAAAUUCAUGCUCAACUACUCCCACCCAAUGAUGGACAUCGCCUUCCGUUCGGAGCGUUCCAUCGAGGACGAGUUGGUCCGAAUGAGCAAGUCCGACCUGCCAACAGUCAUCAUCUCGUAUAUCAUCAUGUUCCUUUACAUUGCUUUGGCUUUGGGACACACCAACCACUGCAGUCGUCUCCUGAUUUCAACAAAAGUAACUUUGGGUCUCGGAGGAGUCCUGAUUGUCCUGGUCUCAGUAUUCUCAGCAGUUGGAUUUUAUGGAUACGUUGGAGUUCCUUGCACUAUGCUUAUCAUUGAGGUGAUUCCCUUCCUAGUGCUGGCUGUAGGAGUUGACAACAUCUUCAUCCUUGUGGAGGCAUAUGCCAGCCUUGACCGCACUGAGGAGGACACCAGAUCGCAGCUUAUUGGCCGUGCCGUGGGUUCUGUUGGUCCGUCCAUGCUCCUGUCGUCCAUUUCCCAGUCUUGCUGCUUCUUCUUAGGGGCUCUCUCCGAUAUGCCAGCUGUCCAGGCGUUUGCCAUGUACGCAGGAAUGAGCCUCCUGAUCAACUUCGUGCUGCAGAUGACCCUCUUCGUGGCUCUUUUCUCACUGGAUGUCGCCCGGGAGGAGGAUAAUCGUUUUGAUGUAUGCUGCUGCAUAAGAAGAAGCAAAGUUGAAAUGGAUUCCGACACCAGAUUUCUACACAAGGUUUUCGAGACAACAUACGCACCCUUCCUCAUGCGGCCAUGGGUUCGUGCGGUGGUGAUUGUGGUGUUCAUGUUUUGGCUGUGUUCCUCAGUGGCCAUGGUUCCUCACAUAGAGAUUGGAUUGGAAGAAGAGCUGUCUAUGCCAGACGAUUCGUAUGUUCUGAAGUAUUUCGAGUACCUGGAGAAGUAUGGCUGUGUAGGAGCCCCAGUCUAUUUUGUACUAAAGCAUGGGUACAACUUCAGUGAUUAUGACAUGCAGAAUAAAAUAUGUUCGCAUCUGGGUUGUAAUAAAGACUCGCUCUUAAUUCAGCUGAAAUUAGCUUCACAAAUUCCAAAUCGAACCUUCAUAGCUGUGCCCUCUUCCGCCUGGAUUGACGACUACUUUGAGUGGUCUCUCGAGGGGAAGUACUGCUGCCAGCUUUAUGACAACGGCACCUUCUGCAGACGAGAGGCAGAGGAUGACUCCUACAUCUAUGAAGAAGACAUAGACUACAUUGAGAAACCAGACAUUAUUGAUAGCAUUGACAGUGGAGGUGGAGUCAAAAACGCCUCAAGUGAAGAUGAGCCAGUGACUAAAAAGCCCAGCAUAGACUAUGGUGGGCCAGAUUUUGACGUUGUGUACAAUGAUGACACCAACUAUGACUACAAUUACGGAGACUUGGAUGUUGACUACUACUCUGGUGGGGACAAGCCGGUUAAGAAGAAGGAGGAGAAAAAGGAGGAAGAGCCCAACACAAAGCCUGAGGAGAAGUAUGAGGAAGACAUCUACGACUAUUCAUACACAUACGGUGACCCAGACUUCGACUAUGACGGCCUCAAGACCAACAAGCAGCCCAAGCGCAAGCCCCAGGAGCUAAAGGCGGCCCCAGUGACCAAGGCUCCCACAGGCGAGAGGCACUUGGACAAUGGCUGGCCGGACUACAACCUAGAAACUACUUCGUCCAGUGAGAGGAAGGCGUCAGCAGCACGAACCUACCUGAGGAGACGUCGCAGUGUCAGGAAGGACUGCCACACGUGCCCCAUCACCCCCAUGCCCAACAACCCCUUCCGCCCUGACCCGGAGAUGUUUGGACAGUACCUUCCAAUGUUCUUGAAGGACAACCCCGACCUCCACUGCCCCAAGGCCGGUCAUGCAGCCUAUGGCCAGAGUGUCAAAGUGAAUUACGACGACUCAGGCAACCCAGUCACUGGAGCCAGUGUCUUCAUGACUUACCACACUGUCAUGCGCACAAGCCAGCACUUCUAUGAAGCUCUUCGGGCAGCCAGGGCCAUCGCAGACAACAUCACUCGCACACUCAACCUGGUGGAGAAGGACGGAGUCUUGGUGCCGAGCGGAGAGACCAAAUAUGAAGUUUUCCCCUACAGUGUCUUCUACGUAUUCUAUGAACAAUACCUCACCAUCUGGGAGGACACAGUGCGCAUGCUGGGCAUCUCCGUCAUUGCCAUUUUCUUCAUCACGCUCUUCAUGAUGGGCUUCGAUGUGUCGUCCUCCCUCAUCAUCAUGGUCAUGGUGGUGCUCAUCCUAACCAACAUGGGUGGACUCAUGUACAUGUGGGGCAUCUCACUAAAUGCCAUCUCGCUAGUCAACCUCAUUGUGGCCAUUGGCAUCUCCGUCGAGUUCUGCUCCCACACCACACGUGCCUUUGCUGUCAGUGAGGCCGACACGAGAAUUGUGCGAGCCCAGGCCGCUCUGGUGCGCAUGGGGCCCUCCAUGCUGUCCGGAAUCACGUUGAGCGAUAUGGGUGUUGUGGUCCUAGCUUUCGCCAACUCAAAGAUUUUCCAGGUCUUUUACUUCAGAAUGUAUUUUGGAAUGGUGGUUAUUGGAGCACUUCAUGGUCUCAUCUUGCUGCCAGUUCUUCUUAGUUUUGUUGGCCCUUCCCGAAAGGUUGUACGGAGCAACAUGCCAGACCGCACAGCCAACCCCAGCGGGUCGGUGCAGAUGGAGGACAUGAUUGGGGAUGACCAGGAGAAGCAGUGCCUCACAUCCAAGCACACAGCCAGCAUCAAUAACAUCCCCAAGAGCAGCACGAGCUCAAACAGCCUCAGUGGGGAUGCGCUUUCCAGUAACAACAGCAACACGUGUAAGAAGAACGGCUUCAAGCACUCCCCGAAGAAGGGCAGCCACAUGUCCCUGAAUCAUAACAGCGAUGACAUCGAGGACCGGAAUGCCAGAAACACCCCUUCGCGGCACUCCAGCGGCACGCCCCUCAGGAACUCUGACUCCAUCUCACGCUACUCCGACACACUCUCGCGCCACUCCGACACAUUGACCCGGCACUCGGCCUCCACACCCUCCCACAAGACAGAGACCGCCCCCUCCUGCCACUCAGACCCCCCCUCAUGCCACUCUGACACCCUCCCACGGCGAUCCAAGACGUCCUCGCGGCACUCGCUCGCCAAGACGCCAGAGGAGCUCGAGAAGCUAGAUCAAUGAUGGUGAGGAGGGAGUUAACUGGCUGUUUGUAAGUGUGGGUCUUGGGUGAAGAGUUAUUUUUGAAGGAUGACUCUGAGGGUGUACAGUUAGGUGUGGACUUUUUUCUCAUCUUCCUAUUUUUUUCUUUUUUUUUAUCUUUUUUAUAUAUGAUAUCAUAAAAGUGCUUCCUUGUAUAUUAUGCUAAAUGGUGAGCUUUAGGAAACAUUUGUGUUUUUUUUCACUCUCUCUCACUUGCUAUUUGUUUUUAUAUAAAUUUAUAUACAUUGUCACACAUUUAUAAUUGCACAUGUAAGUCAGUUAGUGUGUGUGCAUGUUGGUGUGUUUGUACAUAUGGAUAUUUCAUAUAUGUGAGUAUGUGUUUGUGCAAACAUAUACAUAAAGAAAUGUAUGUAUGUAUUAUUAUAUAUGAGGAUCUACAUAUACAAAGAAAACAUAUAUGUUUCCGUGCUCCAUAGAGAAAGGAAUAUACACAGAAAAUUGAGUUUGAGACGGCAUUUUCAAACAUGUCAGAUAAUUGACAACCCUAGAGUAGGUGUGCAUCAAAGUUCACUUCGUAUGUGACUGUGGAAAAUAGUCCUUAUAUCAUUCCAUGAUAAGGCUUGGGAAAUAGCUGGACGCCAGACACAAGAAACAUUGAUUGCAGGACAUUCCAGUCACUUGGCACUCAAAGUUACUUACUGAGAAAAAGUUGGUAAUGAACAGCUAUAAUUGUGGUUUAGAUUACUUUUUGUAGGAGGAUAUUUUUUGCUCAAGAUAAACUAGAUAAGCCUUUUUUUUUCUUUCUUUUGUUUUUUAAAAAAAUUCUAGAUAAUGGAAAAUGAUGUCCUGUGUUCCUAAUUUAAAACAUUUUUGAGUGAUUAGAUUUAGAUUUAGAUUUUAUAUUUUGGCUUUAAGUAGCUAUCUUGACCUACUCAGUUUAAGCCAUGACAGAAGAUUUGAGGCCAGCUGUGAGAGGUUCUGAAACAAAGAGGGAGUAGGCUUUGUCUUUAAAGAAAAUUAGAAUAAAAACACAAGGGAAAAUAAACUACAAAAAAAUGUAUAUGUAUUUAUAUAUAAAACCAGGGGUCACUCAUGAUUGUUCUUAUGUUAGUGUUAAUAAUGUAAUGCUGUGAUAUGUAAUUGCAGUUAGUCAGUUGGGAGGUAUGUAUUGCCAUACAUAGUUCCUGCAUUUUUCUUUUUUAAUGGUAUGUCCAACAAGGACACGAGAUUCAGAAAGAAAUGUUUGACGAUUUUUCUUUCCUGUAACCCAGUGAGGAGGCUCCCAAAGAGAGCUAUUUUUUAUGAAUUCUUUCUCCCCCAAAGACUGUAAUAUUUAAUGUAUGCAUUGGUUUGUGUGCUUGUCCAAUCAUCUUGUUUAUGUAUAUGUGUAGCUCAUGUUGAGCUUUCAUAGCCUGUAAUAGGGAAGGAAAGACAAAACUGCGGACAGUAUGCACCAAUAUAUUGUACAAAUUGGUGUAGAAUGCUGAUUUUGUCUUUUUCAUAAGGUUAUACAAAGAAACCUAAUGAAAUAGAAAUAACAAUUAAGUUUUGAUAUACUAGAGAUAAUUUUUGUAGUUGUUGUUUGUUUCUUUGUUAUCAAUAGUUCUUCCUUUCCAUUUGCAUUUCAUUUCAUUCAUUUAUGUAGCGCUGGAUAUUGCAUACCAAGUCUGACUCCACUUUUAUGACUCAGAUUUAGCAUGCAAUGAGGGUCUUAUAUAAUUUGUUUUACACAAAAAUAAAUUACAAAGAACAGACAAAAAUGUGUUUCAGUAUUGGCAGUUGAAAUUUGGUUUAUAAAACAUUCUUCUGUUGUACAUAUUGUUAACUAUGGUACUGCUUGUGCCAUGACUAUUUUGCAAAAACAAUGAAUUUGGUAUCCAAUUCUUUUUUCUUUUGUUUUUCUUAAUGUAAAAGCUAUGAUUGACUCUUGCACAUUAUGUUCCGAUAUCACUACUUGAGGUAGAUAAAGCACCUGGUUCAAGAGGAGCCUGCUGUAGUUGAGCGGGACCACUUGACCCCACGCCAGGAUAGGUGUUGCUGGACAACACAAGAACCCUGUUUUUUUGUAGCACACUUAACAGGUCCCUCUUGGAGUUGGUAAGCAACUUUGAAGGCGGGUCGCGUUAAUCAUCAUUCACAGCCACUGCUUUCAAAGACCCAUUGUGUGUAUAAAUCAUUGUUUCAGAGCAUCAUCUGCCAUCCUCAUACCACUUUCGUGCCCGGGUGGCAAGACCUCCGCUUGUGCUGGUGGGAACUCUCUCCCACUCCCAGCUGAGGUCUUCUCACUCCCUUGAAGAACACAUCUGAAGCAUUUCUUGGUAGACAUAUCGCCUGCUCCAAGAACACUGAGAACCUUUUCGUCAUUUUGUCUGCAUACUUGUGUGCAUGCAUAUGGAUGUGCUAAGAGAGAGUGAGCGAGUAGUCGAAGGAGUUAGUAAGUGAACUUUGUGUGUGUGUGUGUGUGUGUGUGUGUGUGUGUGUGUGUGUGUGUGUGUGUGUGUGUGUGUGUGUGUGUGUGUGUGUGUGUGUGUGUGCGUGCAUGUAUUCGUUCAUCUGUGCGUGUGUGUCUUUGUGCACAAGAGUACAAUCAUUUGCAGUCAUGCAUGUAUGCAUUUGCUUUACACACACACACACACACACACACACACACACACACACACACACACACACACACACACACACACACACACACACACACACACACACACACACACACACACACACACACAUACACACACAUAUAAGGUAUACACAUAUAUGUAUAUUUACAAAUAAUUUUUCCUUAAGAAGUUUUCAGAUGUGUUGAUACUCUCAACAGUGCCUCAAAGAUGAAAUAUAUUUAUAGCAAAUGAGUCUUCUGUCGGGCUCAUUGUACCCAUUUAGAUUACAAUUUCUCUGCUUAAUACAGUCCAUGCAAUUUACGCAGUGUAGUAAUCGUGUAAAUGUAGUGUGGUAUGCGGUCAAGAUAAUGUGUUGGGUAGAGCACUUGUGACUGCCUCAUCUGUAACAGAGUAAUGAUCCUGCAUUGUUAUUUAUUAUGGGCUAUAUGAUGUUUGAUUUAAAGCUCUGAGUGUAAAGGAAAAAAAACAUUGUUAAUUACAAGAGCCAGUGUUUUGUCCAGGCAAAGUUAUUUUAUCAAUAUCAAAGAAAAGAAUUAAAUUGCUCCCAAUUGAUUACACUCAUAUCAGCAUGUAGAAAAUAUUAACACCUUUUUUCCAUGAAUGAUUUUAUCUAUUAAUUUAUCAGUUGAAUGAUCACUGACCUGUAGGAUUUUCACUCAGAAGUUGCAGACAGACGUUAUUUUUCUAGAACGUUUCACAACAAAUUGAAAUAAUUACUCGCUGCUUGUACUAGUGGAUCUGUGGCAUAGGAAAAGUGUUGGUGUCUUGCACGAGAACUGUCAGGAUAAUAAGGAUACAAAGAUGUCAUUGGUCUUUUGUUUGGACCGAAGUACUCUUUUUGUUUUUGGAAAAAAUUGGAUGAUAUGGAUAUUAUUUAAAGCGAAUUGGUACAAGAAUGUUAUGUUCUUGCAAGUAUAUUGUUUGUAUGUAUUGGAUAAAUGGUCUAGGUUUCUGUAAGGAUAAGAGUAGAGGAAAGUAAACAACUAAUUGAUUCUGUUCUGUAAUUGGCUUGGUUUGUAUAAAAGCCAUAGGAAUAUGUAGGUCUAGCAGCAAAGAUCGUUUAAGUGCUAUCGAGAUGGUUGACUGUAUGGAAGAUGAUGUUAAGAUAUAGUAAUGUCAAUGUUAGUCAUAAUUUUGUUUCUGAACUAGAGCUGGGAUUUGAUCCAACCAAUGAGAUGCAUUCACUACACGGAAGUGUUGAGUAGUGGUGUUUAGGUUUGAUGUCCGAGGUGGAUAUGUGAAUAACAGAUACGCAGUAGUCCAAACAUAAGUACCCGUAUCUGUUUGUCUGUUUGACGUAAGAUGUAUGUCGUGCAGAGAGUCCUUUUUGUACGUUGUUUUAGCUGAAAGCUUUACAUUGGAAUUCACUCAGUGGUGAAAAAGAUAUAAAGAAUUGUCAGGCUAUUGAUGUAAUCUGGCAUAGUCCUGGAGAUUCAGUUCCAGGGCCUUUUUAAUACAUUAAACAGUCCAGGUAGAUUUGCUGUUACUUAAUUCAUGUGAAAUGAAAAAAAAAAAGAAAAAAAGGCAAACGAAAAUGCUGUUCCGUAAUUAGUCCUAAUAUUAAGAGAUAAGUUUUGAUGCUGUAUUUUUGAUACAUAGUGGUGGCCAUUAAACAUGCUAUUGAAGUUUUUUUCUUUCUUUUUUUUUUUCUUAGAUUCAUAUUGUAAGACUAGAGCAUUUCAUUAUAUAAUCAUACAUCACAUCACUUCACAGUGAAUGGUAAACAAACGCUUAUUAAAGGUCCUGAGCAUCUGAAGGUCUCCCCUCUCAUGCAGAGCAAAUCAUGAUUAAAAUUGUAUUAUUAUUUAGAUAAAAAUAAUAAUUUCACUCAUGCCUUGAAAUGCUGCCAAGGACAGGCAGGGAGAGGAGAGAAAGAAAAAGGUUUCCACCAUGUUUUGAAUUUGUCUCGAGAAAGGAACUCGUCCACGGCAAGACGGAUAACACGUGCAAUAGCUUAAUCCUGUUUUUGCAUUUCAAGGCAGAUGUAAUUAUCAAUGUGUGAAUAUUUAUGCUAUUAUGUAUGGUGAGAAAAGACCAUAUUAUUGCAAUAAUCCCAGAGAAGGGGAAAGCUGUAAGUGAUAUAUUUUCCAUUAUUUUAUUACUUAGUUCACACAAUAGUACUAGUUUGUGGCUAGAAUAUCUUCAUCACAACUCCCAGGCCUAAAUUUUUUCAUCGUUAGUCACGUUUAUAUAUUAGGCAUCAUAUGUUAGAAAUAAGUUCAGGGCUUUGGAUCAGUCUGAAUACUUUUUUCUCAAUAAAAGUUGAAAAAAUA